AUGAUUUUGUUUAUAAUAUCACUCCUCACACUCGCUAAGAGUGAUUGUAUACCCUACGGAGUCAGAUUAUCUUUGGGACAUUACUAUUCAGCUCUCAACGACAUCAAUAACUACAUCACCCUCACCUUCAAUUCCUAAAAUCUGUGUUUAGACUACGUGGUUCAGAUCAUCACUACGACAAGCAUAAACAAUAUCUAAGUGAACAAUUUCUCAUUGCUCAACAUGACAGACGUAUACAAAGACUCAGAAAAUGUGAUUAAUUACGAAACGUAUGUGUAUGACGUAAAGAUUGGUUAAUUCGACAGUUUAAUCGAAGGAAACUAAUACACUUUUAUGAUCUAUUGGGAGAAUACACCAAUGGCAGGUCCAUUCUACUUUAAUGUUCCAUCUAAGUCCCUAAAUUACUCAAGUAAAUUUAUUGUCAUGGGAGAUAUGGAUUCGAAUUGGAAAUUAAAUACUUCCAAAUAAACUUUUGAUUGGUUUUCAAAUUAAAUUAAAAAAACAACACAUUAUGACGGUAUCAUUUACUUAGGAGAUAUGGCAUAUGAUUUAGAAGAUGACAAUUGUAUGGUGGGAGACAACUUCCUCAGAAAUAUAAGUUUGUUUACAUCUCACUUUCCAUUCAUGUUGACACUCGGGAAUCACGAUUCAGGUCACAAUGAUGAAUUUGUUUAUAUCAGAAAGUCCUUUGCUACUCCAAGAAUAUCCGAGUAUGAUAAUCCCAUUAAAUACAACGACUUUUACUCAUUUCAAGUUGGACAUGCUUACUUUGUAUAAUUCCACCCUUACAAAAUCGCCUAUGGGAAUAAGGAUAAGACAUAUUUCAUUUACACCUUAUAUCAAAUGGAACAAGAAUUAAGCAGAAUAAGGUCACAUGAGAAUACAUCUUGGCUAAUUGUUUACAACCAUUAUCCAUUUUAUUGUAGCAAUCCCGAUGAUGGAUUCUGUGAGGAUCACUAUAAGAAGAUGUAAUUAUUCGAAGAUCUCUUUAUUAAAUAUCGUGUAGAUUUAUGUUUAGCUGGACAUCAACACACUUAUGAAAGAGAUGAACCAUUGGCUUACAAUAAGGUUGCUUAAUUCGAUAAAUAUGAAAACAACACCUAUACAAACCCAAAAGCACCCAUAUAUAUUGUAGAAGGAGCUGCUGGGAAUGAUGAAAUAAUGCCUGAAGAUAUUUACCCACCCAAGUUCUAUACAAAAUUUUAGGCUGCUGGUGAUGGAAUAGGUAUUUUAGAGAUUAAGAACAAAACUCAUUUAUAUUUCGAACACAGAAUGAGUGCAAAUGAUUCAGUUGUAGAUUACGUGUGGAUUGUGAAAACUAAUGUAAUCCCAGAUGAUGACGAUGACAAAGACAAGGAAUCCAUUCCUAUUUGGGUAUGGAUACUCGUUGGUGUUGGAGUCUUGCUUAUAAUUGCUUUGGUUGCUUAUUGUGUUAUCAAAAACAAAAAACCAAAAUAAACACACAAUGAAUUCAUUUGA